AUGCACGGCACAACCCCGGUCACGGUUGACCGCACUUUCUGGUACGACGGCUGCGACAUGUAUGUCGAACAGGGCGCGAAGCGCACACGUUACCCUCGCAUCGACUCUCGAAAACUCUACGAUCUGCUCACCAGAAGCCACUCAUCUAAGAAAGACGAGACCGGCGCUUUCUACAUCGCGCAGAUGGCACAUUAUGGUAUCGCACCAGUCACCACCAAACGAGCAGCGAAGAAGAAGUUGAUGGAAGCGUUCGGGGAUGGGAAAGCGUUGAGGGUUCCAAAGCGGCUGCUCGGCUUGGAGGAGGAUUUGAAGGAAGAAUGGGAGAAGCAACGCGACGAAGCGGAAGGAGAACUACGGAAGGAGCAGGAAGAGGUAGAGAGAAUGUUGCUCAAGAGGGGAACUUCGUAUGACUCGGACACAGACGGUCCGGCGACGAAGCGAGCAAGAACUGCACAGCAGGCCGAUGUUCAUACGCUGAUCGAGCUACAGCCAUCCGACUUUGCCUGCCAGUACACGAUCAUCGCGCUCUCACUCGCGGAUGAGUGGCCUGGGUACUGUGAUCGAAGGCUCUCCCUCACCCUGUCUCCCUCGCAACGUACAAACGAUCACUUCUGGGGUAGCUUCCAGUUUGGCAUCGUGAGCGGUAUUAUUUACUGCAAGACUCCUACCGCUAUCGGCGAGAUAGCCAGAUUCCGAUGGCGCGGACACGAGCAGGGCAAGACAAAGAUGUAUGAAGAUGGGGGAACGUUGAUCUUCAUCGGCGACGGGAGGCUAUGCGGAACAUUACAGUGUCAGCUAUUCUCGGAGAAGUGUGCAUUCACCGGAAAGCAGUAUGAUACUGAGACGCGCGGUCCUGUCUCUGCCGACGAACUGGCACGAUGGAAGAAGGAAUACAUGAGAACCAACGACACUUCUAUCGGCAUGAAGGGGAAGAAGAACAAAGACAUUGAGCCUCGGGAGUCCAGCAGCUCUGGUGUUAGAGCAGAAAGACAACAGGCUAGGCGGCACGCCGGUCCCGCUAAACCUAGCGAGUUUCAAUCAUCCGACUUCACAGGCAGAUAUACUAUCGAUGCUCCCUCUCUUGCAGACGACUGGCCUCGAGAAUGCAGACGGAAGCUCAGCCUAACGCUUUGUCCCUCCAAGAUCACAGGCAACCACCUCUGGGGUCGCUUCGAUUUCGGCAUUCUGAAAGGCAUCAUCCGGGGCAAGCGCGACCGAUCAUCCACCAACGGACAUGUUGAAGUUGAGUACAGAUGGCGCGCACAUGAGCAACGCGGAGGAGGGACGUACGAUGGUGAGGGCAGUUUGACAUUCCUCGGGGAUGGAGAACUGUGCGGGACGCUAGACUGUGAGUUCUUCUCCGUGAUCUGCUGGUUCACGGGUAAGCAUGACAGGAGUGCUGCGGGACGUCGAGCGGUGUCGGAGAAGGAGCUUGCCGAGUGGAAGCAAGAGUACAGGAGUAUCAAGAGAAGACCAUCAGGUCUAGGAGGGAGAUACAGGCUCUCUGGAGGCCUCGGGGUAGGAAACCUUGAAGAUGGAUCGUCCGAUAGUUCUUCUGCUGAAGAAAACUGA